AUGGAUCGAUGUAGCACAGGAACUACACGUUCUGGCCGUGUCAACAAGACGGACCAAAAGCGCCGCAGUUGGUCCGUUAGGGAAGAAGAAGUUCUAAUCGUUGCAUUGAAAGAGCUCGUUGCACUUGGAUGGAAAUCUGACAACGGGUUCCGAGCCGGCUAUUUGAGUAAGUUAGAGGAGGCUAUGAAGAAGGAAUUUCCGACCACCGACUUGAAGGGAAUGCCUUAUAUAAACUCGAAGGUGACAACGUGGAAAAAGACUUACUCUUCACUGUGGAACAUUCUCAAAACUAGUGGAGUUGGCUUCAAUGUUAACGGGAAGCACAUGAUUGAUUGCGAUGACGAGCAGUGGGAGAACUUUGUGAGGGUCGAUGACAAUGUGCGCAACUUCCGAUAUAAAAGUUGGCCUUAUGUAGAAGAUUGGAAGCUUAUAUUCGGAAAAGAUAGAGCUACAGGCGAUAAGGCGGAGGAUGUCAUGGAGGCGGCUUUUACGAUGUAUCGGAAGUUAGAUAUCAACCAACCGCUUGAUGAUGGUGAAUACCAUGUCUCACUUGAAGAUAUAUUGGAGAACGGCGAAACGGGUGACAAUGUAAGCCAAACUCAACCGCGGGAAGAGACUGUAACGGCUGAAAAGGAAGCUCCAACAUCCAGCAAAAAGCGGCGCCGUAGUGUCGGUUUCGAUGAUAGGUUUUUCGAGGCUCUAACUAAUAUUGGUCGUGGCACGGAAACUAGACUUGAUACAAUAUCAAGUCGGAUGGGUUACGACUACGAUAUAUCAAAGGCAAGGAAGGAAGUUUUUGCACAGUUGAGUGGUAUUCCGGGCCUGUCAAAGACCGAGAAGUUUUUGCACAGUUGA